AUGUUGAGGACCAAUGUCCUCGAAGAAAUUUGUUCAAGGAUAAUAUAUAUUUGCAACAAGCACUCUCUGAAAGAUGGCAUAUGCGUUCACGGCCCGAUUCUUAAGUCGGGCUUUCAGGACAAUUUACCGCUCAACAACGGUCUCUUGUCCCUGUACGCAAAAUGUGAAGGGGUCGAACACGCACGCCGCCUGUUCGACCAAAUGUCCCACAGAGAUGUCGUCUCCUGGACAAGCCUUUUAUCCGCUUAUGUGAGAGAUGGGAAUUACGAGGAAGCCCUCAGAUUAUUUGACCUGAUGAGAGUUUCUGGCGAGAGACCAAACGAGUUCACAUUUUCUAAUUUGAUGAGAUCAUGCACCGGUUUACCUGAUUUUGCCCGUGGCACGAAAGUGCACGCGUGCGUGAUAAAACACGGUUUUGGGUCGAACCCAGUAUUGUGUAGUGGCUUGAUCGAGUUGUAUUCUAAAUGCAGUUCUUUGGGGGAAGCAGUUGGGGUUUUUGAUGACAUGGUGAAUGGGGAUACAGUUUCUUGGACUUCGAUGAUUUCGUCGUUCGUGAAUGCUGGAAAAUGGGUUGAAGCAAUACGAUUUUUCGCUCGCAUGGUGAAAGAAGGUGUUUUUCCGAACGAGUACACCUUUGUGAAGCUUCUGAGUGCUUGUACUUUCUUGGGGUUCGGCUAUGGGAAAUUAAUCCAUGCCCAAUUGGUUGUUUUCGGUGUUAGGAUGAAUGUUGUUCUUAAGACAGCUCUUGUCGACAUGUAUGCAAAAUGCCAAAAGAUGGAUGAUGCUAUGAAGGUCUUGAGACAAACACCCGAUCAAGAUGUGCAGUUAUGGACUUCUCUUAUUAGUGGCUGUACACAGAAUUCGAACUUUCGAGAGGCUGUAAUUUUGUUCAAACAGAUGGUUGCUGGUAAUAUUUUUCCAAAUAGUUAUACUUAUGCUGCUAUUGUAAAUGCCUGCUCGUCGGCUCGUGAUUUGAUAUUGGGGAAGCAAAUGCACAAACAGAUUAUAAUGGACGGGGUAGAAGAUGAUGUCUCAGUGGGGAACGCUCUUUUAGAUUUCUACACAAAGUGUUCAAAUGAUGAAAAAGAUGUCCUGCGCGUGUUUGAGGAAAUUACUCAUCCAAAUGUUGUCUCUUGGACCACCUUAAUUGCCGGUUUGGCUAAACAUGGUCAUAAAGAAGAUUGUUUUCUUGCGUUUAUCGAAAUGCAGUUUUACGGUUUGCGGCCUAACUCUUUUACUCUCUCUCAUGUACUUCAAGCUUGUGGUGCGACACAAUCUCCAACAGAGGCAAAAAAGAUUCAUGGGCUCAUUAUUAAAACCAAUGCAGAUGUUGAUAUCAUGGUUGGAAAUACACUUGUUGAAACCUUUGCAGGGCUGCACAUGGAGGAUUGUGCAGUAAGUCUCGCAAGACAAUUGAGUAGCAGAAAUGUCAUCACGUACACUGUUCUUGCCUCGAAGUUGAAUCAGAUGGGACGGUAUGAACGGACUCUUGAAAUCCUUGGUCAUAUACGUGAAGAUGAUUUGAAGAUAGAUGGCUUCAUUAUAUCUGGCCUUUUAUCGGCCUCUGCCAAUUUAGGCGCCAAGAGAACUGGAAAACAGCUCCAUUGCUAUUCCAUUGUGUCCGGGUUUGGAAAAUACAUAUCGGUUUCAAAUGGUUUGAUCGAUUUUUAUGGGAAAUGCCGUUGCGUAUUGGAUGCCCAGAAAGCGUUUGACGAAACAUCUAAACCAGACGUCUUUUCUUGGAACAGUUUGAUUUACGCUUUUGCUCUAAAUGGACAUAUAACGUCCUCUCUCUCGACCCUAGAAGACAUGAGGUUGGCUGGAAUCAGGCCCGACUCUCACACGCUCUCCGCUGUCUUAUUCGCUUGCGAUAAAGGAAACUUACUUGACAUGGGCCUCGAGUAUUUUCGAUCUUUGAGAGAACUAUACGACAUAAAGCCACAAUUUUAUCACUAUAAUUUGUUGGUCGAUCUUUUUGAAAGGGCGGGCAGAUUAGAGGAAGCUGUGAGCUUGAUAAAAUCCAUGCCUUCUUGUGUUAAUGAUGGUCCGGUUUAUAAAAAACUGUUGCGUGCAUGCAAAUUGCACGGGAAUAUGAUUCUUGGUGAGGAGAUGGCGAGGCAAGGGCUUGAUCAUGACCCGUCUGAUUUGGAGAUUUAUGAUAUUCUUGCAAAUAUGUAUGAUGAGGCAGGCCGGUCUGAACUAGGGGAUAAUGUGCGAAGUUUAAUGAAAGAAGGUGGUUUGCGGAAGACUUCAGUUUGUAGUAGCCAGGUUUUAUGUUGCUAA